AUGUCCAGCUUCCGCAAAGUCGUCGAUGCAAUCUUGACAUCGAAAUACAACAAACCUUUUCCUGUGACGCUCAUACCAUCGGCGAUUGGAUAUUAUCUUGGCCUCAAGCAAGGCGAACGACAAGUACAGGUGCUGAACGAGAUCCGUGCUCUGGGCGAGGGCGACAUUGCUCAGGUGGAGAGGAUAGCAGACCAGCCUAAGUAG